UUCGGGGCGGGCGCUCCGAGACUAGGGGGAAGGAGAAGGGAUCAGGAGCGGGAGCUGAGGGGAGGGAGAGGCCGGUCCGGGUCUGGCCGCUGCCGCUUCUCGCCCGAGGUCUCCAGGCCGGGCUGCGGCUCCGUCCUCGGCGUCUGGGCACCGUCUGCGAGGCUCCGCGGGGACAGCGUGGGACAGCCGCGGGCGGCGGCCGCCGCAUCAUGUCAGCCAAGGACGAGCGGGCCAGGGAGAUCCUGAGGGGCUUCAAACUAAAUUGGAUGAACCUUCGGGAUGCUGAGACAGGGAAGAUACUGUGGCAGGGAACAGAAGACCUGUCCAUCCCAGGCGUGGAGCACGAAGCCCGUGUUCCCAAGAAAAUCCUCAAGUGCAAGGCCGUGUCUCGAGAAUUGAACUUCUCUUCCGCAGAGCAAAUGGAAAAAUUCCGCCUGGAACAAAAAGUUUACUUCAAAGGGCAAUGCCUAGAAGAGUGGUUCUUCGAGUUUGGCUUUGUGAUUCCCAACUCCACAAACACCUGGCAGUCCCUGAUAGAGGCAGCCCCGGAGUCCCAGAUGAUGCCAGCCAGUGUGCUAACUGGAAACGUUAUCAUAGAGACAAAGUUUUUUGACGACGAUCUUCUCGUAAGCACAUCCAGAGUGAGACUUUUCUACGUUUGAGAGAAGAAUGUGUGUGCAUUUCAAGAAUUUGGGUUUGGGGGGGAGGAGGAAAGUGUUUACUUUUACCUCCACACAUCUGAUUUUUGACACCUCCACCCCUAUUUCCCUCUGUGGCAAAACCCCCCUGGCCACCGGGGACCAGCUCUGCGUAGUGAUCGGAGGCUUCCCCCCGCCGCCAUCUUGCCCUGGCCCGCCUAGCCCCCAGCCCAGGCCAGGGCAGGGGCGUGCCUCAACUCCUUCCAGUGCCACCCUGCGGGCAGAUGUUCACCCGCCAGCCGGCGCUGUGUCCGCACCUCCCUGCGCCUCCUGGGCUCUGCAGGUGACGCCUCUUCCUUGGGCCCUGGUUUUGGAAAAAUUGACGUUCCUGACCCAGUUUAGUUUUUUCCUACAUUUCUAUUUCAUACAUUCUCAUACAUUUAACUUGUAAAAUAGACUGUGAUAUUAUUAUUACAUAAUGAAUUAAAACAUAUGAAUUAAAAGAUUCCUACAGUCUUUAGCAUGGCACUGCCUUCGCUCUCCUUUCUGGAACCUGAACCUGCCUCCAAAAUGGGAAGGACGUGCUCAGACGUAGAACCACACUACAACUGCUAUGCUGUGCUCCAGAAGGCGUGUGGUGGCCUGGCGGCCCCUGACUGCCCCGUUUCUGCUCUCCCAGGGUGGACAGACUACCUGGACAAGACCCGUGCGUGACCUUCCGCUUGCCUCCACCGCGCGCACCUGGCGCUGUGGUGGCCUAGACUUCACCACUCCUUUAUAGUGUGUGUUUGUUCGAGAGGUGUCUAGUGGGUGGAAGCCCUAAGUCGGUAGAGUAGGGACUCUUAAAACCCCUAACUGAGAGGGAGAAGUCGCGCGAUGGAGAGACGGUCUCCGUGAGCUUAACGAGUGGGGUGCGGGGCCGCCUCAGGCCACAGCUGGGCCAGCGUGGGAGACAGCGGAUUGCGUCUGCAGCGGCUCCAGGUCUGACGAGAGAAAACAAGAGGAGCAGUAGGGACUUGCCUGCGAGCCACAGUAGCCUUCACGCUUUAGAAAAGGCCAACUAUGAAGGUCCGUUCCCCCAGUGGUGGCACGUCUGAGGCAGGGCAGGGGCCGCACCCGAGCUGGGCCCACCUCGCGGCUCUCCCCUGCACCUUGCCAGUCCACCUCCGAGGCUCACGUCUCCUCCCCGCCCCCCAGACACAUCUGCACAUUCUAGGAGAGUCCCUCCUGCCGUUGCCGCCGUGGACUGGGCCCACGCCAGUGGCCUGAGGACUUGGGGGUGUUUCCGCCGGCUUCGAGCCUCCUCCCCUGCCCCUCUCCGCUCGCCGCCAGCCACAGCACGUUUGGCAGCUGCUCCGAGAAAACUAAAGGAACUUGAGCCCGUUCGUUGCUGGAACGCGCCACCUCCCCAGUCCCCAUCCGCAUGCGCGGGAGGUAGCCCCCUCUCACACGACGCCGCUGCGGAGAGGACUCCAGGCGCUGCAGGCUGUAGCCGAAGGCCAGGUGGAAACGGGCAGAACACCCGCGCGGCAGAGGCCGGGACCCUGGUAGGGCCAGGCCAGCCCUGGCAGGGGCAGGGGUGCAGGUCCAGGCCUGCACCCCAUUGGUUACACGGAUGGAUGGCCACGAAAAGUUGUUGGAAGCAGAAGUGCACGCUCUGGGCCGGCUCGCGGGCGCCCUGUCCUCACGUGGCCCUGGGCCUGGCCACUCCCCAGGGAUCUUGACUCAGAUGCAGCGCCAGAAAUCAGUAUCCGCCCCCAGGGGCCCCAGCUGUAGGCGGCCAGCCAGGCUUGGGGGGUAGAGCGAGGGCCUUGGACAGUGUGGAGAAGCCUAGGAACUCGGAACCCACCUGCGCCCCAGCCCCGUUCCCCAGCACCGCGGGAGGAGCAGAGCUGGCGCCGUCUGCCCUGUGCGGGCCGAAGGUGCCUCUCGGACUCGGGGCACCCACGGGAGACUGCAGCUGGCGAGGAGAGGAGGGGCCCCAGCCAGCACGGCGGGGCCCUUGGGAGAACCUGCAGCCGCUCCAGCCUAGUUUCUGGCGGAGACGCUGGCUCGCUCCGCUGCCCGACGGCGCUGCGCCGCACUGCCCUGGUGGGGGAGGCGGCCUGCGCCCCCUGGGGUGGCGGUGGAGGCGAAGUCCACCAGGCGGUCUGUGCACACAGACCACACCCCAGGUCUGUGCCGUGUCACCGGAGGCCGGCCUGCCUCGACAGCACCUUAGCCUGGGACAAGGACAGGUGGGCGUUUCAAGGGCGGAGCCAUCACACACUCAGACAGUCAGGAAGCCUCUCCGGAGCCUUCCACUCGACCUACAAAACAUGUUCAAGCCGACCCCCAAAACUUAGAGGUCAGCCUUCCUGUGCUCCUCCCCCACCUUCUCGCUGGGCGCAAACUGGCUGGCACUGUGCACUCGCCCCUCCCGCUCACCGACUCAUCACUGCUCUCCACCCUCCGCGCCUCCUCCCCGUGGGUGCCUCCUUGAACCCCAUGCUCGGCCCCUCCCCUGCUCCUUCCUGCGCUACCUUUUGGGUCCUUUUAUUUCUGAUGUCUCCUGGACAGUGUCUCCUGGGGGCCCGAGGGGCCUGCUCCCUGCAGCUGCCUUGCCCGCGCCUGUGGGUGGGUUUCCUUUGUGUUACUUUCUCUGUGGGAUGCUGAGAACGGGCGUGGGCAGGUUCAUUAGGCAUCUGCUGCACGCGUGUUUUGGGGGACAGCUACAUGCCCCUGUUCUAAAUGGGGGAGAGGCUCGCUGGCCAGAGGGUCCCUGCCUUCAGCUUCUCGUGGGAGGCGGCAGGAAGCAAGUGAAUGACGUCAGACCGCAGCCCCGCGGCGCGAGCACCGACAUCAGCGUGGUGAAGCGGUGAAAGUCCUGCCAGUGCAGCGGGGCCGGCAGAAGUGUCUGUCUCCGGACAAUGCCGACGCCAACCCUAACCCCAAGCGCGCUGUGGCUGAAGACGCACGUGGAGCCUGACGGGUCCCCUGACUUGCACCCGAGGUCACCUUGCAGACAGAUGACACCCUCGGGACCCUCCCAGUCCCAGCUGCAGCAAGUGACUGUCCCUUCUCAUACCCAGGGGUAAGUAUCACCUGGACCCCCUUAAGACACUGCAGGGAGAAGCCCCAGGACCACCCAGCUGGUGGCGGGUUGGGGACAUUUGCACCCCAAGCCUAGGACCCUCCAGAAGGCUGGUAACUCCUGCAGCCUUACACCCUCCCACCCAGAAAAGACCUUGAGCUCUGGAAGCCUGUCCUGAAAGCCUGUGCACCCCAGCAUAGCGAUCUACCCCCUAGAGAAUGGGCAUUGUGACUCCAGCUCUUGUGGUUGCCAGAUGCCACUCCAAAAGGUUCUUAAUGGAGAGCUGGAGUUUGGGGUCUCACUGGCCUCUGCCACCCACAACCUGCCUCUGCAAGCUGGGGAUGCCCCUGUCAACCUACCUCCCACGUACAGUACUCCAGGAGUCCACCCUCACUAGCCCAGGCCCUGGUCAGUGGUGGCAGUUGGGUCCCCUGGAAACCAACUUGGGAUCUGGGAAGGUGUAGCCACCACUGCCAGGGAGAACCACCUGGUGGCCAAGCUGAUGGGGCAACCCGGUCCCACAGGGUCUCAGGUGUGAACCACCCCAGGGCCUCACUGGUCCGAGCCGACAUGGCCUGCUGUGCCCAGACAGCCUGGAGCUGUGGGCCCUGUGCCAGGGCCCUUGGCCCACUUGGCACCAAGGAUGUGGCAUUAGAAGGGACUCCUUCCUCGCCGCCCAUGAGGGCCUGGCUCCUGAGGGCCAGCUCUGGUCUGAGGGCCACCCACCGCUCCCUCUGCCCAGAGGGUACAUACACCCAACCCCCUUCCAGGCUGCGGUCUCUGCUGGCCGCUGUCCCCACACCACAGGGCCUCGGAGGGGCACCUGCCACCCCUUCCCAGGUCUGAAGGGAAAAAGCGAACACGAAAGACCAGGCUCCAGACAGCUUUGUUAGAACAACUCCGCAAAAUAAAAUCCUGUUUAUUGUUGGACAACAUUGUUUCACACAUACAUCAAACAGGCCAAAAAAAAUAAACAGCAACUUCAAAUAGACAAAAAGGAAAAAAAGAAACCUUUAAUCUUUGGCCUUUUAACCAUAUCGCAUACAAACCAACUACUUAUAGUACAGCUAAGUACAUACACAAAAAGAACUUACUGGAAUGCUCGGAAUAAGAUUGUUUUUUUGUUGUCGUUUUUGCUUUUUUUACAAGGUUUUUUUUCUCCUUUGAGAUUAUAAUGAACAUGGUCACACCACAAGUAAAGUCAGAAGUAGGACA